AUGACCAGACCACCACUUCUUCUAUCCCUGACUUUUUGCUGCCUCUCUGAAUUCGACAUCGGUUCACUCCUCCGUGGCGACGAGGGAAACUAUUCCGGCUACACAAACGAUGACCAGCCUAUCGAAAGGGCCACGACAGAGCCAUUUGAACCGACUGGACUGUAUGAUGAGACCACAGAAGAGCCAUUUGAACCGACUGCACCGGAUAAUUCCCUAGAUGAUGCUCCUCCUUCCGAAUUUGCCCACUAUGCUUCGAUUAUCGACUUUGGUCAGUCCAGUCCUUCACUUGGCCCCCUUUACAACAGCAUUCAGCCGAAUUAUGUCCAGCAAAACAACAAAGGAUCACAGAACAACCAUUCGAGCAGCUCUGAGCAUAAUGGCGCCGAAUCUAGCGCGGUUAAAGUGGUAUACAACAUGGAUAUUGAUGGGAUGCCCGAGCCCACCGAGCCCUGCAAGUCCACAAGGCCGAUUCCCGUUCAAGGGCCACGCCAUGGUUCCAUCAACUUGCACACCCCUCCGUCUGCAGCAGCAGAAGUUGCUAAAGGUGUUCACUUUACUUCUCCUAACCCAAACUCUGAGUUGGUAACACAGACAAGACAGAAGCCGUGCAGUGUCAUUUCAACUGUCGUUGAAGUGGCGGCUAUCGCUCCAGUGCCGGCUCGCUUCCCUCCUAGCACCGCGAACCACCACGAAUCUGAGCCAACUUCGCGUGGGCAGCGUAACAUCAACACUGAUGGUUCGAAUUCAACAAUUCUGUCAAGUGGCAGCAAUGUGCGAAGCACUUCUCCAACACUCAAGGAAAAGACAUCGGACCUGAAGACCACCGAAGUCGUGGCAGAAAGUUCCAGUGCCGCUUCCAGCGUUCAACGCUCCGCCGAAUCCGGUAAAAGCACCAACGGUGAUCCUCAGCCCACCGGAAGGCCCAAGUCCUUCAAGCCCUCCAAGCCGAAGCCCAAGGGCAAGGGGAAGGGCAAGGGACAGAAGGGCAAGGCUAAGGCCAAAGCCAAGGCUCAGGGCAAAGGCAAGUCACAGGAGCCUGAACUUUGGGACGAUGCAGACAGCGACGCAGAUUCCACAGAGCCAGAGCUUUCCGAUGAGACAGAGCGCAUCAUGGUCGACGUCUUCUGGGAUUCUCUGAACCCUCGCAGUCCUGGUGUUCGCCCGUCGAUAUUCCCAGAUCUUGAUGAGCUUUUCAGUCCAACCAGCGAGACUCCGAUGGAGACCAUCUAUCAGUCAGCGGCGGAAGCGGAGGCAGACCAGAAGACUACUCAAGAGGUCAAGAAAGCCAUCGUUGUAGCAAUGACCAACCUUAUGAUGUCCGUCAAGUUUGCUCAGGACAAUAAGUCCCACUUCGAGCAAUGGAUCAAGGCCGACUGGGAACGACCUCAGAUCGAGGCCGUAGCUUGGCGAGUUUUGGAAGGAAUCAUCGAUCGAUGCACCACGGGGCCGGCCCUGCGAUAUCACGAAUAUCGGAGGUUUAAUCAGGUCCCCAGGUUGAUGUCAUGCAGGGAUAGAAUCAGCAAGUUGUUCGAAGGGUUGAUGUACCACAAGACGAUGGUUAAACAUCUCCUUGAUCCCAGUUAUCUGGAUGUGAUUAUCGAAGACCCUUAUGGAGCCGUGAGUCGCAUCCGCAACAACAAGAAUGUGAACGCAAACAAAAAGGAAAAGCUUGCUGCGUACAACAAAAUGAAAGAGGCAGAGGAACGAGCUGCACGGGAAGCGGCUCUCCAAACGGUCUUCGAAGAGAGAGACAUUCUCGAGGCUGUACAGAAAGCUCACGCGGCUGAUCAGGAAUCAGCUGGUGAGGAGAUUGGACACGGAAAUCAUCCCGAUGGCUAUUACGCAGACGACGAGAUGACUGCGGACGAGACUGAUGCAGUCGUGGGGGCCACUAAUCCUGGCGGCGCUGGUAACUUCCAGCCACCUUUGGAGACUUUUGGCUCAGACAUGUUUAAUAUGCAUGCCUCUACCUAUGGAGGAAUGAAUUUUGAAACUGGCGAACCCUUGAUUGGUGCUCCCAGUUACGUUGAUGGAAUCAAUGCGAACCCCCUGCCCGCUUCCUCUAUGGUAGGAGAUUCGAACUCGUCCCACACCCUCGAAAGCCAUAGCUUUACGCUGGCAGACUAUCCUGCAGAUACUGGGGACUUGUUUCAAGUGAAGCCCACACAGUUUCCUGGUGAGACAGGUACAAGCACUGCUAUGAGGGCACCGGGCUCUAUGACGCAGGACUUUCCGGCACAACAGAAUCUGAAUCUCUCAGUGCCCAUGAGCCCGGCGACCGUAAUGUCCCAGCCGUUCACGAACAGAUCCUCCGUUAGCCCUCAUCAAAUUUUCUUGCAGAAUGGCGGAGUCUCCUACCAAAAUGGAACGAUUAAUCCUACGCAUUUCACGCCGCAAGACAACAGCGGCGAUCCUAAUGUCAAUUGGCUUCCUUCUGACACCUUUGAUACCUCGUCGGUGGGUCUCCCUGCAUCUAUUGAAUUGGAGAGUUAUGCCUGCCACAAAGCUGGCCUAACGACGAAUGCCCCUGCUGACCGGCCUUCGGCGCACCAGCCCAGACGAUGGCCCACUGCCACUACAGCCCAGGCAACUCUCCUCAGUCACUCCGCGCCACCGACCAGUGCAGUGGAUUAUCCAUCUCCCUGCAAUAUUGACCCGACACUUCGCGACCCGCUGAGUUAUGCGUUUGUCUCUACUUAUGCCCAGUCACUCCCCAUGCCAGCGUCCAUACUCCCUUCCUCCGCGGGUGUAUCUCAAGCUGUGAUCAAAAGCCAGAGAAAGCGCAAAGCGACUGAUGCGCCUGACGGGGGAAGUUAUCACCGCACUAAGCGUCAGCACUGA